UUCUUCUCAAAAAAUACAUUUAAACUUACUUUCAAUUAAAGUUACGCAUUGAUAACCAUAAUAUUCGAUCCGAGUAGUGCAAUUAGAAAAAGUGGGGGGAAGUAAAACUUUUGCUUGUAGUCAACUUGUAUUAUUGUCUCUACAUUCUUUAACAAUUUUUUACCCUUUUUAGCAAUUCAAAACUCACAUAACAUACUCUUCACCUUCAUUCUAACCAUCUCUUCUCUUUCUACUAUUUCAAGUGAUCCAUCUCUUUCACUUACCCUUGCACAAUUUUCAAUUUUUAUUCUAAAUACUACCUAUUUUUAUAUUAUGCACAAUUUUCCAUUUUAUAUAUUAUUCUCUCUUUAAAAGAGUAAAAACUACUUGGGGUAUUUUCACUUACAUUAUAUUGGUGCAUUCUUUCUUCAUUCUCUCAACACAAAACUAGACUAUGAUGGGUUAUAAUGAAGUAGCUAACCAAGAUCUUAACUUAGGAGAUCCUUUCAAAGGCAGUCGUAAACUUCGACCUCUCGUUCCUAGACCUUAUCUAUCAUCUCCUCCUAAUCACCAUAAUGUUAACACUACUUGUUUAACUGGUUUCCAUAACCCUACAAGUCAUCAUCAUCUUUUCUCCUUCAACAACACCGCCGCCACUCUCAACCACCACCACAACCACCACCCCCACUUUGUGGGACCAGAAGAAGGUAAAGAGACGGUUGGAACACAUCAAGUGAUGGUGAGCUCAAGGUGGAACCCUACACCGGAGCAGUUAAGGGCCUUAGAGGAGUUGUACCGGCGGGGGACUCGAACACCAUCGGCCGAUCAAAUUCAACACAUUACAGCUCAACUUCGCCGGUAUGGUAAGAUAGAGGGCAAAAAUGUAUUUUACUGGUUUCAAAAUCAUAAGGCACGGGAACGCCAAAAACGUCGUCGUCAGCUUCAACUCCCUCUUCCACCUUCUUCUGGAAGUAGUAGUGGAGGAAACAGGAUAGGCUUUGAAGUUGAGCAAAAGAGCUCCAAAUGGGCACCUUCCUCAACAAACAAGGAAGAGGAUCAUUCUGAUCCAGCAACACAAAUAGCAGAAGAAACAGGAUUAUCUAAAGCAACAGCAACAACAGAAAUGAUGAUCCAAUUCCAUCAAUCUCCAGAAUUCCAACAUAAUCAUAACAUUAAUCAUAACAACAUCAUGACUAACAAUUUUAAUAUUAAUUCCACUGCUGCAACAAAUUUAUUAUUUGCAGCAGAAAAGAAUUCCACGUGGCAAACUCAUAAUAAUAAUAAUAUGAUGGUCCAACCCUCGUCUUGUUCUUGUUGUUGUUACCCUUCUCCACCACCUCCUUCCCUUCCAUUAUUUUCUCUGUCCUCUAAACCUAAUUACAACUCUUCCUCAAAUAUUAUCACCGCCUCUAAAGGUGGUAACAACCUCUUCGGCCGCCUCGGCGAAAGCCCGAGUGCGUCAUCUUCUCCUACACUUCAGUUGUUCCCGGUUGAAAAAGACGACGAUGAAGAUGAAGAUGAAGAUGAAGAUAAUUCAUGUGUUACCUGUAACGAUGACAAGGCCAUGCCCAGCAACAAUCCUUUUCCCUAUUACGAGUUUCUUUAAUUCUUUAAAUGCGACUGUUGCAUGGAGGAGGAGAUACAUCAGACUAAGCUAUCAGAGUUGCAUGUUGUAUUUAAUGGUUUUUUUUUAUUUCUAUUUAUAGUAGUUUUAGUAAUUAAUUUAAUUACUGUGGGAAAGUCACGUGAUGACGUUACUACUUCAUUUUGAAGUGACAAUUUCAGAAGCCUUUUUGUAGUAACUUACUGAUUUAUCACAUUUAUGGUGCAAUUUAAUUAAUUACGGAGUA